GCGAUUGGCGUAAACAUGGUCGCUUACUUGGUUUUAGAAAUGCAAAAAUCGCUUCCAAAUUCCGUCACCAUCGUCACCGAUUGGAUCGGAGCUGCAUAUGUUCUCACAAUCCUUGGAGCUUUCCUGGCCGACGCUUACUUGGGUCGAUUCAAGACCAUUGUGACCUUCUCUUGCAUUUAUGCUGUGGGAAUGGUGAUGUUGACACUUUCAGCCUCCAUAGAUAGGCUACGUCCACCUCCAUGCAAGGCCAAACCAUGCACAAAGGCAACGGACGGCCAAUCUGUUUUCCUUUACGCGGCUUUGUCUCUGAUUGCCCUUGGUACUGGUGGAAUUAAGCCCUGCGUUUCCUCGUUUGGCGCCGACCAAUUCGACGAGGCUGACGAGAAGGAAGCCCUGAAAAAAUACGCCUUCUUCAACUGGUUCUUCUUCGCAAUAAACAUGGGUGCACUAUUAGCCAUAACAGUCCUGGUUUACGUACAGGACAAGUUUGGGUGGGAAUUGGGCUUUGGAAUUCCGGCUGGGGCCAUUAUCUUGUCCAUCAUCAUCAUUGUUGUUGGUGUUCCCUACUAUCGCUAUCAAAAGCCCAUGGGAAGCCCAUUUACCAGGUUUCUUCAGGUCUUUGUGGCUGCUCUAAGGAACCAUUUUAGAGGGGUAGAUGUCAACCGUCAAGAUGAUCUUUACGAGGUCAGGACUAAAGAGUCUGAUAUCAUUGGAGCUCGAAAGUUAACUCACACAUCACAAUAUAGGUUUCUGGACAAAGCAGCCGUUAUAACAGACCCACUAUGCGACAAAACAAACCGUUGGAGGCUCUGCACAGUGACCCAAGUAGAAGAGCUCAAAUUCUUCAUCAGAAUCCUCCCAGUAUGGGCCUCCACGGUGGCCCUCUCCAUCUCUUUCGCGCAAUUCUCAACCUUCUUCGUCAGCCAAGCCUCCAUCAUGGACCGCAACCUCGGCCCGAACUUACAGAUCCCCUCGGGCUCUGCGCCGAUCUUCGGUGCGGUCAACGCCCUCGUCCUCGUCCCCCUAUACGAGAAGUUCAUAAUUCCCACCCUCCGCCGCCGCACUGGCCACCACCGCGGCAUCACCUCGCUGCAGCGCAUGGGCGUCGGCCUCUUCGUCUCCAUCUUCGCCACCACCUCCGCCGCAAUCGUCGAGAGAAAACGCCGCGACGACCCGACGCUGCCGGCCGUCAGCGUGUUCUGGCUGGGCCCCCAGUUCUUCCUCAUCGGAAGCGCCGAGGUGUUCACGUACGUCGGACAGUUGGAGUUCUUCUACGACGAAGCGACCGACGGCACGAGGAGCAUCAGCAGCGCGAUGUUCUUGAGCGAGAUCGGAAUCGGGAGCUGGCUGAGCACGGCGAUUGUGAAGAUCAUUGGGCGUUUCACUGGUGGGGAGGAGAGAGGGUGGUUGAGGAAUGAUCUUAACAAGAGUAAGCUUGAUUAUUUUUAUUGGAUUUUGACCUUAAUUAAUGGGGUUAAUUUCGUGGUAUAUGUUUUGGUGGCUUGGAGUUACAAGGGGAGGGGUAAGGCAAGUAAUAGUGUGAGUGAUGACGUCGUUUUUGAUGAUUAUGGGGAUAGUCGUCGGGGUGGGAGAGACGGAGAUUUGACCAUGAUUGAGUUGUGA